AUGUCGGUGGGCAAGUUGGUGCCCAAGGGCAAGACCACAAUCAAAGGCCUGGUGCGAGGCAAGGAAGAUGCUCCCAUCUUCCUUCACAUCACCUCCUCCGAACAAGUCGUCAAUCUGUUCGAGGACAAGCCGCCCGGGUACUGCAUCCUUCGGCUUGACCCGGUCUUCAUCGAAAAGUGGUCACGCUCGCCGUUGCUGCUGACCUACAAGUUUGGUGCGCUGCUGUUCACCCAAAUACUGCGAGUGCCGCAUCUGCGGGUCAAGGCCUCCAAGAAGGAGAUCCUCCUGUGCCAAUGCGACAAGAACUCCUACUCACACAUCCGAUCCACGGCCGAGUUCCUGCCCAAGCUGCAGUCGUUUAUCGCCGAGUUCGUGUCCAACAAGAACUUUGUUGAGAAACCAUUGGAUUCGUACAGCCCCGACUUGAAGAACGAGCUCUACUAUAAGAAGUACCUCAUCUUCCCUGCCAACGGCACUCGCCUGGUCCUGAAAAAGAAGAAAGAGGAUGAGGUGGAGACGGCAGAGGCGGGCAUCGUCUUCUCCAAUCUCUCCUUCUUCGGCAAGAAGGGCGAGGACAUCAAAUCCAUCAACACCUUCAACGAGUUCCUUCUCGAAUUCCUGGGAAUGGAGGAGGCGACAGAGCCGCAGAUGAAGGCCCUGGGCGUGUCCAUUCAGUCGUCGAGCCGGCCCGCCAACCUGUCCGAUUCGUCGGGGGCCAAUCCCUCGCGACUUCACAUCCCCUCGCCUCGCCUGCUGCCCAUGCACGGCAAGGCCGGGAAGAAGGGCCAGUUUGACGUGCUCGCGUUCACCGGUAAAGAGAAGUCGGCGGUGAUCGAGCGGCUGAAGAAAGCCGGCGAGCAAACAAUCGACAUCGCGGAUUCGGGCAGCAGUUCGACUCGAUCGCAACGCAAGUACACGGAUCCGCGCGAAGGCCUCAACACGUUCCUCAAGGAGCUCUUCGAUGCUGUCAAAGUGGGCCAGUUGGCCAACGAGAAGAUGGACUGGAUCCGGCGCGGCCUGUUCGACGCCCUGGUCGCCAGUGGGCUGAUCGCCGAGUUUACGUCCGAUCUGCAGCUGGAUGGACCCACGACCACCCUCUCGCCGCCGCAGAAGAGGGACAUGCUCGUGGGCAAGAUCCUGCGGCAUCUGCUGAGCAACAACGCCGAGGGUUGUCGCGAGUUCGUGAAGCUCAUGGGCGAAAUGCUGAAGAAGGCGCGCGAGGAAGACUCAGAGUUCCCGUGGGGUGAGUGCGUGGGCCUCUUCACCCUCCUUUCCGUCCUCAUCCGCUCCACCGACAUUGAACCCUUCCCGACGAUAUUCGUGCAAGAGUUGGGCGUGAAUCGGAUGCUGGAGGUGUAUAAUGAUGCGGCAAAUCGAAUUGAAGCCGAUAGUGCCGCCGAAGCCGAGUUCCAAAAGGCCCUCUUCAAGCGGAUGGAGGAAGGAGCACAUCGAACGGCGGGCGGACCUGGCGCCUCGUCGGGGCUCUUCGAUUCGGGAGGCGGCAGUGCGGCGUUGGCGGCGCCGGCCAACUACCACAUCCCGGUGCCGCCCCCGCCCCCGCCGCCGCUGGUCAUCAAGCGGGGCAAGAUCAGGAAGAUGAAGAAGCGGUUCAAGACGCACAACAAGAAGGAGUACAAGAAGGACCAGCACAGCGACAUCAAGGAGACGCCCCCCACCGACACGAAAGGAGAAGGAGAAGGAGAAGGAAAGGAGAAGGAGAAGGAGAAGGAAGACGCGGAGGGGGAGAAGAACAAGGGCAAGGGUGUAAAGCUGAACACAUCCGUGGAAUUCUCCACGCCCCGCACCUCUGUCGACAGCUCGUCGCCGCGUCCCGUCAUUCCGGCGCUCUCGCUCAGCUCCGCGGCCACCAAGACGAAGGACGACGGGCUCGCGUCGGCCCAGUCCCGCUUUUCUCGGCGCCGAGGAAUCAACGACGAAACGCCGCGCACACCGACGAGUGGACGUGGAUCGUUUGGCAAGGAGCUCGGGCGCAACACGUCCUUCUACAUCACGCCCUCCAUCCAGCUCACCAAGCUGGCCUUCAAUCUCGGCGAGACGGCGGUGGCGGCCGAUCUGACAGCGCUGAUGCGGUACAAGACGGGCGUGGGGAAUCCCGACGAGCCCACCGAUCUUUCUGCCGAGGCCCGCAACAAGCGGCGAUCCAAGCGCCUCUCCACCUCGCUGUCCAAUCUUCACAACUCUCUCGCCAUUUUCAAACCGGGCCAGCUCAAGCCGGAGGCGUCGUCCUUCCGGUCGACGGCGCCCUAUAAAAUCAAGACGAUGAUCCUCAAGGCACUGGCCAAGAUCAUCGCCCUGCCGCACCUCUACGCCUACGUGCGCAGCCCGGUCAACCUCAUCUUCACCGAACUCAACAAGGCGCUCGCCAACGGCCUGCUCAAGAUCGACCAACCCUUCCGCGCCCUGCGCGGCUUGGACAAAUUCCUAUGCCGCGUGCACUCGCAGCUGUGUGAUGCCUUGUCCCGCCAGAACUUGGCCGAUCUCGAGCUGUGCCUGGUCAUGCUGGGCGACUAUCUCCACUUCUGCCCCACGCGCGUCAUGGCCUCGCAGGUCAUCGACGUCGCCAUGGAGACGCUCCUGCACGUCAAGUUCCUGGUGUUCAACAUGGUGCCCGAGUCCCUGUCCGAAGAUAUGAGAAUUCAGCACAUCCGUUUGACCCAUUCCCUGGUGCGAGUGUUCCAAGAGCUGUGCGCCCAGACCAAGCACGAGGGCACUCUAGUGUUCCUUCUUCAGUUGCUGUUGGGCACCAACGAGACCGUCCUCUUCUUCCGGGGCUAUGCCAAGCGCAUACUGUUCAGUGAUCAGACCAUACAAGAGAUCACCUCCCACGAGAGCAAAGAGACCCUCACCGAAUACCGCCUGCAGAUCAUCAAGCUGUUCUCUUCGCUGGUGUCGCUGGUGGGUGCCAAGCUCAAGUACAUCGAGGAGCGCAAGUUCCCCACGUCUCCGCUUCAUCUGUCCGGCUCUGCCGCGCUCAGCCUGCCGCAGCUCACCCGCAUCAACAGCGCCGAGGAGGACGUCGCCCAGAGCAACAAGGAGGAGGACAAGUACGCCAUGCCCCCCUUCGCAGCGAAAAACAUGGGCUGCGUUGCUGACACCAAUCCCAGUGAUACGGCGUGGUGCGUCUGCCUGCUGGAGCAGCUGGGCUUCCUCAUCAGCCCGCAGACCGGCUACUUCAUGCGGUUCCUCGGCCAGGGCAACCACUUCACCAAUUUUGAGGUCAAGAAGGUUAUGCUGCAGCUGUUCGGGCAGAUCCUGAUGACGCCGUGCAACCCGUUCGCCUGCAACAAGGCCUACACGGAGUUCUUCAUCAGCCACCACUACCUCACCUUCCUCAAACUGUACAAUAGCGACGGCUUCGACUCGUCCACCCUCUCCCUGUGCGCCCUUCACCUGCAGAUUCUGUUGUGCUUCGCCGAGCACAAGACGGAGAAGAUCAAGCGCAAGUUCUACCAGCUGCGCAUUAUGGACUUCCUCGCGCGCCAGAUCUCCCUCGAGUACGAGAUCAUCCUCAAGAACGCACAGUACAUCGAGCCAGCGACGAGCCAGUCUUCGCCCAAUCUGGGCGGACAGGUCGACCUGCGCGCGCAGGGCAUCUUGCAGAUGCAGCAGUCGAGCUCGCUGCCCACGAUCCCGCUGCCGCGGAAGAUCACCGGCGAGCUGCCCCCAUCGUCGUCGCUGGCCACCACCUCGACGUCGGUCGACCCCAAGCGGGUGGCCAGCACGCCCGCCUUGUCUCCGCGCAAGGAGCCCAUCAAAAAGGCCGCCAAACGGAAGGCGCGCGCCCAGUCCAUGAGCUUCACAGAUUCGCCACUCAAGCUGUCGCUGUCGUCGGUGACGGGUAAUCCGGAAGAGGGCAACGCCAAGCGGUCCGAGCUGGUGUCGUCCUCGCGGGCGGUGCUGUCGCAGAACCGGGACGAUCCCAUCAUCGUCAGCGAUCGCGCGCAAAAGGAGGAGAAGAAGCGCAACCGCACGAGCGGCUCUUACAUCCGCACCAGCAACCGCCGCAUCCCCGCUCAAAGCUCGGGUGAAAAGGGUGAUUGGGGAAUGCGGAGCAUGCCCAGCUGGUCGCGUACCAAGGAUUCCGCAGUGACGUCUGCCACUUCGUCGGCUUCGGCUUCGGCUUCGGCGUCGCCCGCCUGGACGCCCGAAGCGCCCGAGCCCGAGAAGAAGACCUUCGGCCAACUGAAGAGCAGCAUCAACAUGGGCAGCAUCGGCAAGAAGGUGGGCAAGGCCAUCACCCUGCCCGGCCUCAAGCUGGGCACCUCCCUCACCAGGGAAAGCUCCGCUGCUCUCGUCAAGGAGCUGGCGGCCGCCGAAUACCAGUGUUCGGGGGCCGAGAGCAGCUCUGACGACGAGGACAUGAUGAAGCCGCGGGUGAGCAUCGGGUCGAUCGUGACCAUGAUCCCUCCGCUGCGUCUGUCGGACACCAGCAGCAUCAGCGGUCCCCACAGCGGCCAGCAGCUCAUUGUCGAGAUGACGUCCUCGUCGACCUUCCAGACUACGGAGCUUACCUCCGACGGCAGCCGCACAGAAACAGAGCUGACAGAAGACGAUGAGAGCGAUGACGACGCUACGCAGUCGCGAGGCUCGGUGUCGUCCAUGUCGUCAAUGUCGUCAUCGUCAGGCAAGCUCCUCAUCCCGGGCCUCAAGCUCAGCGGAGCCGAGACCAAGGACGGCUCCGCGGCCAUAGGCAAGGGCAACGUCGUCAUCAUGAAGUCGCCAACCGCCGUUUCCGAGCCCAAGAAAAUGAUCGCGAUUCCGGGCCUGAAGCUGACUGGAGCUGACACAAAGGACGGCUCGACGGCGGUGGGCAAGGGCACCACGCUCCUCAAGUCGCCCACCACCACUUCGACCUUCGUGUCGGGCCGCGGCCAUCGUGAACGCGCCGACUCGGACGACGAGACAGGAGAGGGCACCGACGCCGAUGGCGACGACGAAGGCACCGACAAGUCCGAGAGCGAUCGCGAAAUGGAGAGCGAAAGCGAAAGCGAAAGCGAAAGAGAAAGCGAUGAUGGGGGCUCGCCGGUGAAGCCGCUGGCCAAGCUGGCCAUUCCGGGCCUGAAGCUGACCGGAGCCGACACCAAGGACGGCACCGCGGCAGUGGGCAAGGGCACGGUGCUCGUCAAGGCCGCGUCGAGCGACAGUAGCGAGAGCGAGAGCGAAGACGAAGCUCCACCGCCGGUGGUGGCCAAGAUCGCGAUUCCAGGGCUCAAGCUGACCGGCGCCGACACCAAGGACGGCUCCACAGCGGUGGGCCGCGGCACCGUACUGCUCAAGACCACAGCCAACACGUCCCAGAACAGCAGCCUCGAAGACUUGCGCUCGCCGCUCGCCGCCAGAAGCAGCAGUGAAAGCGAAAGCGAAAGCGAAAGCGAAGACGAGCCUCCUAGGCCGCCGCCUCCCGCGGUGACCAAGCUGGCCAUCCCGGGGCUCAAGCUCACCGGCGCCGACACCAAGGACGGCUCGUCGGCCGUGGGCAAGGGUACGGUCCUCACCCUCAAGACCGCCAGCAAAGAGGACAUCCAGGCCGUGGACAGCACGAGCAGCGAAAGCGAGAGCGACGAGGAUGAAGAAAUCAAGCCGGCGCCGGUGACAGCAAAGAUUGCGAUUCCGGGCUUGAAGUUGACGGGCGCCGACACGAAGGACGGCUCGUCGGCGGUGGGCAAGGGCACCACGCUCAUGGUACUCAAGGUAGGCUCGUUGGAGAACUUCUCUGACUCCGCCGCCUACUCGGACGCCUCGUCCUCGGAUGGCAGCGACAGCGAGGGCGACGACGAGCCCCGGCCUGUCCAGCCCAAGGUGAUGGCCAAGCUGGCGAUUCCGGGCCUGAAGUUGACGGGCGCCGACACCAAGGACGGGUCGUCGGCGGUGGGCAAGGGCACCACGCUGGUUGUCAGCACCACCGCCGUCGCCACCACUGCCGCCGCCGCCGCCGCUCGUCCGAUGUCGCCCCGCAGCAAAGAGGCGCACCACAGCUCGAGCGAAAGCGAAAGCGACGACAACGACGAGGGCCGGCUCGCCACCGGAACCGACCACAGCGACUCCGAGCGCAGCGACCGCGACGAGAGCCCGCACCCGUCGCCGAGCGUGCGACGGCCGUUCGCCAUUCCAGGCCUGAAGCUGACGGCCAACGAGACCAAGGACGGAACGGCUUCGGUGGGCAAGGGCACCAACCUCGGUGGCGGCGGCAGCUCCGACGACGACCCGCACUCGCAAGAGGAUCUCGCCAAGUCUGCGAGCCCGCGACCGAGCGUGUCGGGUUCGCCGUCGCGCGCGUCGCCGCGGCUGUCUCCCGGCUCGCCGAGCGCGCGUCCAGCGAUUCCCUCGCUCAAGUUCCCGGCCACCAACGCCGAGUCGACGCCCAUGCCGAGCUCGCCCACGCGCGGCGGCGCCAACAGCUCCAAGGAGGGCAAGGAGGGCCGCAAGCUCAUCGAGAUCCAAGAGCGCCGACGGAUCACGCCGCGCACGCCGAAGAAGCCGAUCAUGACGACGCACCCGCCGACGCCCAAGCGGCCGAUGGGCGGGAGCGACGGGGCGGCACUGCCGUCGCCCAAGCUCAAGGUCACCUUUGGCGGGCCGGACGGCAGCGGCAGCAACGAUCUCUCCGCCUCGUCAUCGCCCCGCGCUACCGCCACCGUCACCACGUCGAGCCCGCUCUCGCCCAACCGCUCCGCUCCGCUGACCAUUCCCAGUGGUACGGGCGGGUUGGAGAAGAGCAACUCGGCGAGCCUCAUUCCCAAGUUGCGCUUCACGGAGGACCUGCGCCAGCACAAUUUCAAGCAGGAGGAGUUCCUCAAAGAGGCGCUCGGCGAGAAGCCCCAGAAGUUCCCGCAGCUGGUGGUCCCCGCAGGCGGCAAAACGCUGUCCGACAUCGAGCACCGGAUCUUGCAGAGCGAUCCCUCGCUUCGGUUCGUCAAGCAGUCCACCAACCGACGCAUUCUCGAAGACAUCGAGAACCUCACCGGUAUGCUGGAUGAUAUCGAGGAGCUGAGCCCGGAGGACAUCAUCGAGCGGAACCAGCUCUAUCUCUCGGAAAGAAACGAGCGCAAGAUCUACAUGGACAAGGCCCUCCACAUCACCUUCCUCCAGCUCAUCUUCUCACUGCUUCUCACGCCCAUGGGCACGUUGCAACCGCUGUACACGGAUCAGUUCCCGGUCAACAACAAGAAGCUCAACAUUCCCUUCCUUCUCCACUCACACAUCAACCACCCGGCCAACGGACCCAUCAUCCCGGAGCUCGUCGAGCGCAGCCUGGAGAUGAAGGAGGGCGCCUAUCGCAUGCUCAAGCUGCUGACCAAUCGCCUGUUCUCGCCCGAGCAAUACCAACACAUGAAGCGCAUCGCUAUCGGCGCCUACGGUACGGUGUACAAGUGCACGGUGGGCAGCGAGAACUUGAACGUCGCAGUCAAGCUCAUGGAAUUGCCCAAGUCCAUCUGGGAUCGGUGCGUGCUGCACGACAUCUUCACGGAGAUUCUGGUGCUGGACGCCUACAAGGACGACAAGCGCAUAUGCAAGCUCUACGACUACGGCGUGAGCGAGGAGCACUACUGGGUCAUCAUGCGGUUCUACCGCUGCUCGCUCAAGGAGUGGCGAUUGCGCCAGACCAGGCCCCUGUCCGAGAAUCUCGUGCUCUACCUCAACAUCUUCUCGCGGGUGCUCGAGACCAUGAAGAUCUGCAUCAAGGGCGACAAGUUCAAGAUCAACCACUUCGAUCUCAAGUGCGACAACGUGCUCAUCGACCCCAUCGACCCCAACAUCGAAGAAGAGGAGCUGCUGAACCCGCGGAGCGACAAGCCGCCGUUCAAUGUGUGCCUCGCCGACUUUGGCGAAUCCACGGUCUACCAGAGCGAGGACGACGGCUACACCACCCGCUCGCGCGGCACUGAGUUCAACAAGAGUCCCGAGAUGCUGAACGCGGCCUACGCCAACAAGAAGGACGAUCUCCAGAAGUACGAUCGGCGCAAGAAGACGGGCUGCAACAAGGCGUCGGACGUGUGGGCCCUGGGCUGUCUCCUCUACGAACUCCUCACCGGCGAGUUCCUCUUCUACGACAACGAUUGGGUGCGCUUCUUCAUUCGCGUGACCUAUCUGGGCCAGGAGCUGAUCACGGCCGAGAAGCGGGCAAAGAUCGACAACAACCCGCACCUCCUGCGGUUCUUCCAGUGGAUCUUCAUGCGCAACCCUCUCAUGCGGCCGACGCUGGAGGACGUGAUCGUCAAGUUCCAGGAGAUGCUCAACGUGAUGAUGCCCCAGCUCCAGGAGUCCGCCCUUUCGGCCUCCAUGAACCACUCUCCCACCAACUCCUCCAACUUUGCCGCUGCCGCCGAUCCUCGCGCCUCGAUGAGCAUGAGUGGUCCGAUGAUCUUCAACAACAACAAUGAGGAGUUCCUGUUCAGUCCCACGUCGCGCUACCAUCGCCACACGCUCGCGCACUCGCUGAAGACCGGCGACCAGCGGCCGGGCCAGGCCACGGAGACGGACCACUACCACGAGAUCAUGAACAAGCUCACGCCGCACAUCUUCCUCGGCAACGAGGCCAACCACGAAAUCAACCAGCUCAAGUUCCACUACAGCAUCACGCACAUCAUCAACUGCAGCGAGGUGGCCAACGCGCACCCACAGCAGUUCGAGUACCUCCAGAUCGCUUCCCUGAAGGACGUCAAGCUGAUGGAGGUGAUCCAGUUCAUCCGCGCGGCGACCGAGGAGCACGGCAAGGUGCUGGUGUCCUACCACGGACGCAGCAGCGAGUUCGCCGUAGGCAUCAUCCUCGCCUACCUCAUCGAACAGCACAACCUCACCUACUUCGAGGCGUUCAAUCUGGUGAAGAACCGGCGGUACAUUAUCAAGCCCAACCCGCAGCUGGUGGCCAAGGUGCGGGCGUCGAUGAGCUCCACGGUCAAGCAGCCCGACUCGGCCAUCACGGCCGACGGCACGCCGGAGCUCUACAUCUGGGACGACAAGCGCAAGAAGGAGCGCAAGAAGAAGGAAAAGGAAAAGGAAAAGCGGACCGAGAAGGCCAAGGACCCCGUCAACCCCGACGAGGUCGAGCACACCGCCUUCAACCCGCUCGUCUUCAACCGACAGAUCCAAGAGCGUAUUCGACGAAACAAGGAGGCGGGCCUCGAUCCGCUGCAUGUGCCAGUGCGGAAGGAGCACAAGCCCACUAGGUCUCGCCUGCGACGUUCGUCGUCUGCCGACGACAUCGCUGCCGUGGCUGCCAAGGACCAGGCCAGCCGCGGACUCCUCCCGGAGCGCCAGAGCCCCGGGCGCAAGCUCUCCAAGGAGCUCUAG